AUGGCAGAAGAAACAGGACGGGCAGCCUCGACCAGAGCAAACGAUCCACCAGGUCACGACAUCUUUUGCACUCCAGAAAACAGCGAAUUUCUCUUAAAAGUGCCAUACCAAGACCUCGAUGCUACGAGAAGAGAAAUCCGACUUCUCAAGAUUCUUCCCGACUCGGGAUCUGGCUUCAUCGAAUGCGAAUUGCUACCCAGCAUAAGCCUCCACCGUGUGUACAAGCAAUAUCGUGCCCUCUCUUAUUGUGCAGGCGAUGCACGUAAUACGAAGCCCAUUCUCGUCAACGGGGCAAGAUGUAACGUCUUUGCCAACCUUCACCAUGCACUGACGGUAGUUCGUCACCACUGGAAGACACAAGGAUAUCGAGAAGAUCUGCUCUUAUGGGUGGAUCAAAUAUGCAUCAAUCAGGCCAAUCUCACAGAGAGAUCUCAUCAGGUCGGAUUCAUGAGAGACAUCUAUCACGGCGCAAAGCAGACGUUCAUCUGUCUUUCUACUACAAAUACAGAAGGACUAGGGCUGAAGUGGUUUGCGGAGUUGUGGCAGGCUCUAGUUGAGGACUAUUAUCAGAAGUUCGUCGAAGAGGCUGGCGUAGUGCUUAACGACGCUUGGUAUACUGAUGCCCGCGGUGAAACAAUCUCGGGUGAUACUACGCGAAGGUUUCUACAUGUUAAACUGGCUGAAAAGGCAUUCAUCAGUGGAUUGGCUAAGUUCUGUGACUUUCUCCAAAGUCCAUGGUGGGAAAGAGCAUGGGUCUUCCAAGAGUUUAUGAUGUCCUCACAGCCAACGUUCCUCCUUGGACAUCACGCAAUGCCUUUCAAGGACAUUGUGAGUCUGCUCCCAGAAUUAUGUACAUUGGCUGUGGAGACUCUAUCCGGACCCGACAGCACUUACAGGAGUCAACUCGUACGAGAGCUCAAGAGAAUUCACCAUCGGCCAACUCGAAUUCAGGAGACCAUCACUGUAGUGCUGAGAAUAUUUCUAGCUGGGACUGACUGGCGGAGAACUACUGAUCUCAAAUUGCUUCUCAUGUAUACCCAAAAGAGCCAGGCCUCAGAUUCUAGGGAUAAGAUUUACUCUAUGAUCGGUCUCGCUCACUCUGGCUAUGGAAUCAUUGCCAACUACGCACCCGAAAAUAAUCUACAUAAAGUUCUAGUGGAAACAACGAGACGGAUCAUAUCUUUUGAGAACAGUUUGGAAGUACUGUCAUAUCUACCUCGUGGUUCCUCGAAACUGGAACGCAAAGACAUGUUACCCUCAUGGGUGGUUGAUUGGGCUCGAGACGACCAUAUCCCCGUCGUGUGUUCGGAAAAGGGAGUCAACAGGAUCACUAUUGGAGGAUUUAUUCCGCAUCAUAUCAACGGGGGGCACGCCGAUGCUUCUUUCUGCGAAGUCUCAGACCCGAGGAACCCCCAGAAUAAAGAAACUGUCCUAGAAGUCUGGGCGGUGUUUCUGGAUCACAACUUCUCAAGCUCUCUAUUCCCUGGCCGAUACUUCGGGUCCCAAGGUUACAAGAUACGACUGGAGUCUGCGGUAGAACAUAGCCAUGAGCUAUGGGUACUAUGUGGCGCGCGGGAGCCUUUACUUCUGGAAAAGUACUCCGACGGAUACCGGGUGGUUACUCAAGUGGAAUGUGAGGAUCUGCUGGAAGAUCUGGAUGAGGGCAGACUUAGCGAGUUUGCUGAUGAGUUUGGAGACCUCGAUACCACGAGGAUGGGAAGACAACGCAUUAUAAUAUUCUGA